UUGAGCAUAAGAAAGUGGCAUAACAAUUCUUAUCCGUAUGCAUCAAAAACAUCUUUUUGAAUAAAAAUUUUUGGCAUGAUCUAAAACGUUUAGCCAUUUUCGUUUUAGACUUUUCCCCCCUUUAUAGUUAACUAUCUACUGUCUGGGGUUGUGUUGAAAAAAAUUCCCAUAGGGGGUGUCGGUAGACAGUCGUUGUCAAGUUGUCCACCAGUGUAGGUGCUUUGUAAUUUUCAUUCCUGCUCUUCUUUCAGACAACUAUGGGCACCAGAGACGAUGAAUACGACUAUCUCUUUAAAGUCGUGUUGAUUGGCGACUCGGGAGUCGGCAAAAGUAACCUGCUCUCUAGGUUUACUAGAAAUGAAUUUAAUUUGGAAUCCAAGUCUACCAUAGGAGUGGAGUUUGCUACUAGGAGCAUACAGGUUGAUGGAAAGACAAUUAAAGCUCAGAUUUGGGAUACAGCUGGACAGGAACGUUACCGAGCCAUUACAUCAGCCUACUAUCGUGGAGCUGUUGGUGCCCUUUUAGUUUAUGAUAUUGCCAAACAUUUGACAUAUGAGAAUGUGGAAAGGUGGCUGAAGGAACUUCGUGAUCAUGCAGACCAAAAUAUUGUCAUUAUGCUGGUUGGAAACAAGUCCGAUUUGCGGCACUUGCGUUCUGUUCCUACUGAUGAAGCGAGAGCUUUCGCCGAGCGUCAUAGCCUGUCGUUCAUCGAAACAUCGGCUUUGGAUUGCACCAACGUAGAGACAGCCUUUCACAACAUACUGACUGAGAUCUACCGCAUCGUGUCUCAACGGCCGAUGCAUGACAGCCCAGAUGAAGACUCUCCUCCAGGCAACUCCGGUCCUAUUCAAAUUUCGCCCACCGAACCCAAUUCAGGAAGCAAAUCCAAUUGCUGCAAAGCGUAAAAGAUACUAAAGAGACGACAAUAACAAAACAAAACGACAUUACGAUUGAAUAAACAACACAUCGUUAGCCUAUACCUUUUUUCCUCUUCAGAAAAAAAAGGAAAAAAAAAACAAAACAAAAAAGGGAAAAGAAAUCGUUUCUGUAUGGCGUUAUUGCAGUUGAGGAACUUCUGAAAAGCAAGGGGAAUUCAUGUUCUCUAAUGUGUCCAUAUAAAAGCAAAAACAAAUAAAAUUCACUAUCGACGGUAUGUUGCGUGUGUGAUCUUGUUAUUCGGGACUUUUUUCCGUCGCCGUUUCUCUUUGACUUUCCUUGUUUUGAUGGGCCUUCCUGUGGCUACUUAAAAUGAAGACGUCUCGUUUUCAAAACAAUUUUUCCUUUCUCAAUUCCUAAAUAUAUCUCUUUUUUGCUGAAAUUGUAUGCUCCUCCCGUCUUAGAAAUAAAGUAAACCAUCUCCCGCCAUCAAUUCCAAUGCUAGUUUAAUUCCUUUCUUUUUACAUUUCUGGUGUAAAUGUGGGAGUUGGCGAACGAUUUUGUGGGUUGCAGUGCCUGUCUUUUUUUAAUCAACAGGAAUCGAAUUGAAAAAAAGAAAUUGUCGUUGGUGUAAGAACGCCGGACUUUGUUUUGUCUCCUUUUCCCGCUUAAUGACUGUCAUUUCAAUUAAUGGUUGUCUAUUCCGUUUUCUGCUUUAGCACCAUCCUGGAUGCAAUAAUGAUAAACUGGAAAUAAACAGCGAUGUACCCAUCCA